UGAUUAAAAAAGAAAGUUAUCAAAAACUGUAAUUUGGUUUUUUAGAAAAGAAAAACAAAUUGAAUAAGCCAAGUAUUUAAAAAAAAAAACACCAGAAAUAGAAGAACAGAGGAAAAACCGGACACACGGUGGGUCCAACUUUGGUCCUUGUCGUCUUUGCAUUAAAUUUUCUUAAGGGAGAGAUGAUGGUUUUUUUCUUAAUUUGUACCGGGUACAACUGGAAGAAUACUAAAUCUAACCCAAAAAGUUCUCUUUCUCAACGCCUAUACUUUACUUACUCGAGCCUUUUUCCUGGACGCACGUACUCAUCAUUCUAUACAGCUUCUUUGGUCUCGGUCGCUCAAGAAAAUGGAUAGGGGGAGCAUAGAAGAAGGAGAAACGUCGAGCCCUUUUCUUGUCAAAGACAGAACUCAUGAGAUACGUGGAGGAGAUGAUGGUGGUGGUGGUGGAGAAGGGCAGAGUGGAGAUUCUUCUUCAGCAACGUUAGUGGUGGUGAUGAGCACUCUGAUUGCUGUUUCUGGUUCAUAUGUUUUUGGGUCAGCUGUAGGAUAUUCAUCACCCACUCAAUCUGGAAUCAUGCAGGAUCUGGAUCUCUCUGUCGCAGAGUACUCACUUUUCGGUUCUAUAUUAACAAUUGGGGCAAUGAUAGGCGCAAUAAUGAGUGGCAGGAUAGCAGACUACAUUGGUAGAAGAGGUACAAUGGGUUUUUCAGAAAUUUUCUGCAUCAUAGGAUGGCUUGCAAUAGCAUUCUCAAAGGUCUCGUUGUGGCUUGAUGUCGGAAGACUGUUGGUAGGAUAUGGAAUGGGGCUUCUUUCUUAUGUGGUACCUGUCUACAUAGCUGAAAUUACGCCCAAGAAUCUUCGAGGGGGAUUUACAACAGUUCAUCAGUUCAUGAUAUGUUGUGGUGUUUCAGUAACAUAUCUUAUUGGAGCUUUUAUUUCUUGGAGAACAUUGGCUCUGAUUGGAACUAUUCCAUGUCUUAUUCAGCUUCUCGGUCUAUUCUUAAUUCCAGAAUCUCCUAGAUGGUUGGCAAAGAUUGGGAGAUUGAAAGAGUGUGAAGCUGCUCUACAGCGUCUUAGAGGAGGGAAUACUGAUAUUUCUGGUGAAGCAGCUGAUAUUAGAGACUACACAGAAUUCCUUCAACAGCAUAGCGAAGCUAGCAUAUUUGAAUUGUUUCAGUGGAAAUAUGCUCAUUCACUCAUUGUUGGAGUCGGCCUGAUGGUACUGCAACAAUUUGGAGGGGUGAAUGGCGUUGCAUUUUAUGCAAGUUCUAUAUUUAUUUCAGCUGGUUUCUCUGGUAGUAUUGGGACUAUUGCAAUGGUUGUUGUUCAGGUUCCAAUGACAGCACUUGGAGUUCUGUUGAUGGAUAUAUCUGGGAGAAGACCACUUCUUUUGGUAUCUGCAGCCGGGACAUGUUUGGGUUGCCUUCUUGCAGCAAUGUCAUUUUUGUUGCAGGACCUUCAUACCUGGAUGAAUUUCUCUCCAUUUCUGGCACUUACUGGUGUACUGAUAUACACAGGAUCAUUCUCACUAGGCAUGGGAGGAAUACCUUGGGUUAUAAUGUCUGAGGUAUUUCCUAUAAACAUGAAGGGCUCAGCUGGAAGUCUUGUUACACUAGUUAGUUGGUUGGGUUCUUGGAUUAUCUCCUAUGCUUUUAAUUUCCUAAUGACUUGGAGCUCAGCAGGAACAUUCCUUAUAUUCUCAAGCAUAUGUGGGCUCACUGUUCUGUUUGUGGCAAAGCUGGUGCCAGAAACCAAGGGACGAACACUGGAGGAAAUACAAGCAUCCAUGAAUCCAGUUUCAGGAAAUAAAUAAUUUUUCUUGGUUUGAAAUCCUUUAUCCUUGCCAAUGAUUUUACUUGGAAAUGCAUUAGCUGUAAUGCUGGAAACCACCUACUAGUCUUGCCAAUUUAUUUUUGUACUAUGCUAUUUAGACAUGCAUGUACUUGCACUAUACUAUACAGCCAAUGUUGGGCUAAAUUGCACUGAAGGUCCCUCAAAUUUGGCUCACAUAUCACAAUAAUUUUUUAAUUUUAAUUUGUAUUACAAAAUUUUCUGAAUUUUAACUAAGACUCUUUCUGUUA